GCAUGGGCCCACUCUGCGGAGCUCGUGAAGACGUACAACGACGAGCUCGUGGACAGAUGGAAGGAAGAGAUGGACACCCUCCUGGUUUAUGCCGGUCUGUUCUCCGCGGUCCUCACGGCAUUCAACGUGCAGUCUUAUCAGCUGCUCCAGCCCCAGCCCACCGAUCCCACACUCGCGGUGCUCGAGCGAAUCUCCGCGCAGCUCACCAGCUUCUCCGUUAAUCCGUCCUUCCUCAACUCCACGCAGCCCGCUCUCUCCGAGGACGAAGUGAACCCACCGUUCCGCGCGCCCGCUUCGGCCGUAUGGAUCAACACCCUGUGGUUCUCGAGUCUCGUGUGCUCGCUUGCGUCUGCCUCUAUCGCGCUCAUGGUCAAGCAGUGGCUGCACGAGCUCAGCGUGGGCGUGUCCGGCACGUCCCGCGAGAGUGCGCGCAUCCGGCAGUACCGCGUCAACAGCCUCCGCCGCUGGCGGGUCGGGGGUAUCGUCAUCGUUAUCCCG